AUGUCUGUAUCAUUGAUCGUUGCUCUCAAGGGUAGUACAAAUGUCGAAUUGGAUGGCCAUAUCAUUCGUAUUGGCAAUGGCGCAAAUACCAACACUGUGCGAGGUUUAGCAGCUGAAAAGCUGGGUCUUGCUGUGCCUUUGGAUGAAAUCAACUUGGAGACAUCAAGCGGAGUGAUUUUAACAGAAAUUGAAAAAGUUAAAUUGCAACAAGUGGUGUAUGUCAGCUACAAGGAGCAAAUCAAACAAGUGCCAGGACCACGCAGAUUACCAAUGGUCGGUAAUCUAUACGACAUGCUGCCUGAUUUAACUGCUGGCUGGGCAGCUCAAUUCAAGGCAUAUGGAAAUAUUGCUAUUGUCAGCAUUCUUGGUACAGAGAUGGUUGGCACAAACGAUCCAGACAUUGCAGAAUUGUUCGUCAAGGAGUCUGAGUAUUUCACAAAGAAAAUUGGUAACACACUCAAGGAAAUCAAAGAUCUCGGUGGGAAUGGCCUUUUCACCACCAACACAUCUGACGAAGAAUGGAAACUGGCGCAUAAACUGCUUAUGCCUGCAUUCAGUCCUCGUGCCAUUAAGGCCUAUCAACCCGAAAUGGGCAUCAUUGCGCAAGAAACCAUGAAAGUGCUUGCGGAAUACAAACCGGAUGAAGAGGUGGAAAUGCUGCAUUGGUGCACCAACUUGACCUUUGAGACAAUUGGCAGAAUUGGUUUCGGCUACACGUUUAACUUGAUGGAUCGCAGCAAGCCCUCGCAUGUAUUCAUCGACGCUAUGAGCUAUGCUCUCAGCAACAGUCUCAAUCGUUUUGCCAGACCUACUUUCAUGAAGCAGCUUCCUCUGGAAAGUAACAGGACUUGGGAGCGUGGCAACAACCUCAUGAAGUCCAUUGUCGACGAUGUGAUCCGUGAACGCAAGAACAGCCCAGAUGCCAAGAACAUGGAGAAGGACUUGCUUGGAUUCAUGUUGAACGCCAGAGACGAACACGGCGAAGGUUUGACUGACGAGAACAUUCGUGAUCAGGUUGUUACUUUCUUGAUCGCCGGCCAUGACACCACUGCCAACACGCUGGCUUGGACUCUGUAUGAAUUUACUAGAAAUCCAGAGGUGGAAACCAAGGUGCUUCAAGAAAUUGCCAAUGCUGGCAUCACUUCCGACAAGUUACCUACUGUCGAGCAAAUCAGCAGCUUGAAAUAUCUCAGCAAGGUCUUGAAGGAGGUGCUUCGUCUUCAUUCACCCUUGAGAACCAUUGCCAAAUACUGUCAAAAGGAUUGUGUUGUGCCUGGUGGCUAUCUCGUCAAGGCUGGAAAUGCCUGUGUUGUAUCUGUCACCAACUUGCAUUUGAACCCUGACGUCUACCCUGAUCCUGAACGAUUUGAUCCCGAGAGAUUCUCUCCCGAAGAAGAACAAAAGAGAUCUCGCUAUGGCUGGUUGCCCUUCUCUACUGGUCCGCGUGCUUGUAUUGGCAUGGCAUUCGCCUUGCAAGAAGCCAAGACUGUUCUCAGUAUGUUCCUGCAUCGAUUCAAGUUUUGCUAUGAUGGCCCUGCUGUCCAGUACGAUCCCAAGCAAGUGACCACAAAGCCUUUGGACAUGAUGAUGACCAUUCAUCCCCGUACUGACUUCCCUGAACCAUGUGAAAAUAUUGUCGAAACAAAGAACGAGAGUACCACUGGCGCUUCUGAUGCUACUAUGGCUAGUUUGCAUGAUGGUAUCAGUGGUGUAGGUACCGUGGAGUUGCCCAAGGCUACAUUCCUGUUUGGCACACAAACAGGUACUGCUCAAGAUUAUGCCAAUCAACUCGCCUCUCAGGCCAAGCGAUUUGGGUUCAAGGAUAUCACUCUCUGUGCCAUGGAUCAAUGGGAGCCUAUUGUCAAGGGAUCCUAUGAAAAAAAGGACAAAGACGAGCUAGUUGUGGUCUGCACUGCUACUUACAAUGGUUUCCCUCCUGAUUCUGCCGAGGCCUUCAACAAGUACUUGGACGCUCAAAUGGAACAAGGCAAUGAAAACGCUUUUGCUGGUGUCAACUAUGCUGUGUUUGGUCUUGGUAACAAAAACUGGAGAACGUACCAGGCUUUCCCCUUGAAGGUCGACCAAGUCUUGAACGAACUCGGUGCUGAGAGAGCCUUCUCCCCUGGUGUCGGUAAUGCUGACAAGGACAUUGACGCUGAUUUCAGUAACUGGUGCGCUCAUUUCUGGACCAACACGCUUGCCAAGUUUGGUGUAGCUGCCUCUGCCAGUAAAUCGGUUGUCCCUACUGCCACUUUAUCUUCUGAAGACUUAUCCAAGAAUGCUGUCAAUGUCCAAUUUAUUUCUCCAUCUGACACUGCCAAAUGGGCACUUGCCAAAGAAAACAGAAAUGGCCAAGCCAACGCUCAAGUGCUUGCCAAUCGUGAACUUCAAUCCGAAGGCUCUGGCCGCAGUACUCGCCAUAUUGAAAUUGACAUUUCUCAAUUAAGUCCUAUUGGCGAAGAAGGUCGUCUUUACCAAGCAGGUGAUCACAUUGAAAUUAUGCCUGAGAACAGUGCUCAAGAUGCUGAAAGUAUCGCUCUGGGCUUCGGUUUAAUCCUUGAUUCAGUGUUUGAGGUGGAUCCUGCCUCUACUGAGGGCGUCUCUCCACGUUCCAUGGCAAAGGUAAUUCAAGGCCCCUGCACUGUUCGCAAUGCGUUGAUUUACUAUGCCGAUAUCUUGUCGCCCCCCUCUCGCCGCAUGUUGAGCUACUUUGCUGGGCAAUUGAAGGUUGCCGCUCCUGAAACAGCUGAGCUCUUUGACAAACUCACUAUGCCUGAUGAAAACAAUAAUGACCAAUAUCCUGAAUUCAUCAAAAAACACAGAACCCUUCUUGACUUGCAAAAGGCUUUCCCUCAAGUGAAUCGCAUUGACUUGGGCCAAUUCUUGGCUGCCGUCAGUGUCAUGCAACCCAGACGCUACUCCAUUGCCUCUUCUCCCUUUGUCCAUCCUACUUGCGCUCACAUCUCUGUGGGUGUCGUCGAUGAUGUAGCUCACGGUCGUCACUAUCCAGGUCUUGCCUCUUCCUUCUUGCAGCGUUUGGAUCAAGGCCAAUUGCAUGCUACCCUCAAAUCCUCCAAGAGCACGUUCAGUAUGCCUGAAAACCCCGAGACACCAUUAAUCAUGAUUGCUGCUGGUACAGGCUUAUCUCCAUUCCGUGGUUUCCUUCAAGAACGUUCCUAUCAAAAGAAGAAUGGCCAAAAGGUUGGGCCUUGUGUGCUCUACUUUGGUUGUCGUCAUCCCGAACAAGAUCAUAUCUACAGCGAUGAAAUGGAGGAAUAUGUCAAGUCUGGCGUUAUUGUGUACCAUCAUGUCGCCUUCUCUCGCACAAACCCUCCCUCUGCUCAAAAAUAUGUGCAACAUGCAUUGCUUGCUCAUGCUGGUGAAGUCUGGUCUUUGAUGUCAAAUCAAAAUGCUGCCGUUUAUGUGUGCGGCAGUGGCUCCAUGAGCAACGAUGUUCGUUCUACAUUCCAAGUCAUGGCAAAGAGCUUCGGCGUGGCUAAAAACGACCAAGAAGCUGAAGAUUACCUCAAGCAAAUGGACAGCAACAAGUCUUAUUUGGCUGAUGUUUGGGGAUAA